AUGGCGGAGAAAGCAGUGUAUACGCGAGAUGGAGGGAUUUCUCCUCCUGGAAACAGCAGCAGCAGUGAUGGGAAACAUGCUGGUGAGCGUAUCGACAAUGGAAAUGGUGAAGUGGAGGCAUACAUCACCAGUCCGGAGCGUCGCCAGCUUGGGCUUGCCAGUGCCAUUUUCUUGAUUUUCAAUCGCAUGGUCGGAACUGGUAUCUUUGCAACACCAUCCUCAAUUGUCGCUCUCUCCGGCUCAGUUGGCCUAUCGCUUUUCAUCUGGGUGGCUGGAAUCGUCAUCGCUUUUGCUGGUGCAGCUGUCUAUCUCGAAUUCGGAACCGGCCUACCCCGAAAUGGAGGCGAGAAGAAUUAUCUCGAGUAUGUAUUCACGAGGCCCAAGUUUCUCGCUACAGCCAUGUACGCCUCUUGGGUUAUGCUUCUUGGUUGGGCGGGAGGAAACUCCGUCAUAUUCGGAGAGUACAUCUUGCACGCCGCCAACGUGGAGGUUACCAGAUGGAACCAGAGAGGCAUUGGAUUGGCCUGCAUCACCACUGCGUUUUUGAUUCACGGCUUGGCUUUGAACUGGGGAGUGAGAUUGCAAAAUGCUCUCGGCAUAAUCAAGCUCUCUAUCAUGUUGAUCAUCGUGAUCGGUGGAUUUGUCGCCCUUGGUGGACAUCUGAAGAUUGAUGAAAAGCCGAAGAAUUUCACUAAUGCAUUUGAGGGCACAACUGCAAGCGCCUAUGGAAUCGUUACUGCACUGUACAACGUCAUCUGGAGUUUGAUCGGGUACUCCAACGCCAACUACGCACUUGCAGAGACCAAGAACCCUGUCAAAACUUUGAAGAUUGCCCUCCCUGCCGCUCUUACUCUGGUAUCGAUCUUAUACAUCUUGGUGAACAUUGCAUACUUUGCUGCCGUUCCCAAAGAAGAGAUUGUCAGCUCCGGUCGUAUUUUGGCAGCCUCAUUCUUCCGCAAUGUAAUGGGUGAGAAGGCCGAGCGAGCCCUGUCCGUUUUCGUGGCAUUGUCCGCAUUUGGAAACGUUCUGAGUGUCAUUUUCUCCCAAGGAAGACUGGUCCAAGAAAUUGGUCGUGAGGGUAUCCUGCCAUUCUCCCGCUUCUGGUCGAGCAACAAGCCACUCAACGCUCCUUUCGUCGGUCUUUUCGAGCACUGGCUUGUGUCUGUCAUUACUAUGCUGGCUCCACCCCCUGGAGAUGCAUACAACUUCAUCCUCAACAUCAUCUCAUACCCAUUGUCCAUCGUCAACGUCUUUGUUGCCAUCGCACUCAUUCAUCUCUAUCUCAAGCCCUUCUCGCCCAACCGUAAUCCCGAGCAAUGGGCACCACCAUUCAAGGCCACUCUGCCAGUCACGAUCUUCUUCCUAUUGGCCAAUCUCUUUCUGGUCAUCGCCCCAUAUGUGCCUCCUGAUGAGGGACAGAAUGUUUACAAAUCCUUGCCGUACUGGCUUCACUGCGUGGUUGGCAUUGGAAUUUUCGUCGUCGGUGCCAUCUACUGGGUUAUCUGGGCACAGAUCCUCCCAAGACUUGGGAACUACGAGCUCGUACGAGAGAACACCAUUGGAAAAGAUGGCUGGACUCACAACAUCUUUGUUAAGAGACCAAAGACUGCGUGA